AUGCAGGACGCCAAUGAAGAGGCCCGCCCAUUGUUGGGCGAGGCAUUAGCCAAUAACCGACAUGAAGCUGCCAGCAUCUCUUCAAACUCGUCAAAACCAUGGUUGGCCCGGACAGCUCAUCACUUCAAGCACUACUGGCCGAUCCUUCGCAUUCUUGAAGUAGCUCUUCUCUGGGGUGCAGCAAAUUAUGGAGCGGUUCCUUCCUACCUUGAUGGUCUCCGCAGCUACACAUGCGCCUACGUCUACUCGACACGCCCAGGCCUGCUGCCCUCCCAUCCGCAUCCGAAGCUCCCUCACGAUCGUGAUAGACCAUGCGCUGUCUCCGGAGUCGAGAGUCGCGUGGGGGUCGUUGUCGCUGUUGCCACCAUGUUAAGCUUUGUGGUCUCGAGUAUCAGCAUGCUUUUCUAUGGCCCUCGUCUGUCCAGAUGGGGCCGCAAGCCAAUGCUACUUGUCUCGCUCGCAUCCAAUAUCAUCAACUACAUUCCCUUUGCACUCCUCCCGCUCGGAUACCCCUUUGGCGACAUUCCUUCUCAGCUCUUGAUCAGCCCUGCAGCUUCGAUGGUCGUCAUUCUGCUCUGCAGCUUCCUCACUGGUCUCACAGGAUUCACGGGCUUAUUCUUGUGCGUCAUGCGCGUUAUGAUCGUUGACGUAGCUCCACCGACACGCCGUGCAGUCGCUCUCAACUGGCUUAUUAGUGCAACGCUGUGUGGGGCUUUCUUCGGCCCGCUUUUGGCAGCCUGGGCCCUCGACACCUCGGUCAAAGCCCGCACUCGCCUGAUGCGCCAGCACCUGCUCUCCGUACCCUCGCCCUCCGUCUUCGAGCUUCCGUCGGACCCGACACCUCCCCCGAUUCCAGGUACGCCACAGACGCUCUCCAAGCAUGGCAAUCCAGCAGCCCUCGUGGCAUGCUGCUGGGUCUUUUUCCUUGCGAUUGUAUGGGUGGUACUGGUGGUUCCGGAGACCCAGCCGGCUACGGUAGCAGAAUCAGUCGAAGACUCAGCAUCGGCUUCAGACGUGCGAGACGGGAGCAACAUGGGCUCUUAUCAGAGCAGAGAUUCGGUAGCAGUCUCGUCAUCCCGUUUGCGCGCACAUAAAGCGCUCGGUCCGCUGGUCAUCUACCUUCCCCAAGUGACUCAAGACGGGCACAAAGACUAUCGCCUGACCUUACUGGCGCUGGCAGGUGCUUUUGCCAACAUUGGCACCAACGCGCUAUCAUACGUGGCUGUAUUUGCCGGCUACAAGUUUGACUUUACGCCUGACGCCAUCGGCCUUCUACUAGGUCUUAUCGGCGCUACAAGAGCCGUCUGGCUGAUCUUCGCAAUUCCGCUCCUUGUCGUGUUCUUCGAGCGCACCAUUCACAAACCAAGGCAGAUCGCUUCCCUCUCUGCACAGCAGCUAGAAACGCUCGCAAAAGCUGGUCUCCAGGACCCCAACCUGAAGCAGGCUGACAUUCUGGGGAAUGAAGAGCCCGAAGAUCACGCCAGACCGGAGCCGUUGGCCGCCGGCGAGCCUUUGCCUGCGAGCGCUGCACCAGCAGAAACGAUCUCCGCUGUAGUGCUCUGGAGAGCAUCUGUUGACAUUGCUGUCGCCAAGAUAUCGUAUUUUGCUGACAUUGUGGGCUACCUUGUUGUCUUCAUCUCUGCGGGCUUUUCAAACGCCGCUGCCAUGAUCAGUGGCACGCUCUUUCUGUCCUUUGGCGCGGGAGCGGGUCCGGCUGUCACGUCGGCUGCGAUCGCUAUCAUUCAAGACCAACGACGAGCUGGUUAUCGGUCCCUGCAUCCUUCGCUUCAUGCGUCACCUACCGACGAUUGGCUGGCGGCCCUGUCCAUCUCUGAUAACAUUGUCAAUGGUCUCAGCCCCAUCCUCAUCAGCGUAGUUUACGGCUUGACCAUCGAAACGGCUUUACCAUCGACGUGCUUCCUCAUCCCCACGCUAGGUUAUAUCUUUUCUUUUGGACUGAUCGCUAGGGUCAAACAUCGGUAA